AUGCCCAGGAGGACCUUCAUUACAGCAGAAGAAAAGCCACUUCCCGGUCACAAGCCCAUGAACGACCACCUAACCUUUCUGUUCUGUGCCAAUGCAAGUGGGGAUUGCAAAAUUAAACCUCUCCUGGUGUAUCGCUCAGAGAAUCCACGAGCCUUUAAAAAGAACAAGGUGCAGAGGAAGCAACUGAACAUGAUGUGGAGGUCUAACAACAAGGCUUGGGUGACCCGGAUCUUGUUUGUUGAAUGGAUCAAUGAGGUUUUUGGUCCGGAGGUCAAAAGGUACCUCCUGGAGAAGAACCUCCCACUCCAAGCCUUGUUGCUUAUGGACAAUGCUCCUGCCCAUCCUCUAGCCACUGAAGACGACUUGCUGGAAGAAUUUAAAUUUAUUAAAAUCAAGUUCCUGCCGCCCAACACUGCUCCAAUACUCACCCAUGGAUCAGCAGCCUGGGAAGGGGUCACCAAGAGAACCCUCAAUUCUGAGGCGAAGCAACUGUGGCCUGACAGCGUUCCUGAACGAGAUUUUGAGGGGUUCGAACCUAUCCAGGAGGCAGUUGACGAUGAAAUUGUAUCCUUGGGCAAGUCAAUAGGGCUAGAGGUGGGCAAGGAUGACAUCAACGAUCUUCUGGAUGAGCAUAGCGAGCAGCUGACGACCGAGGAGCUGUAUAAGGAGCAGCAAAAAGAGGUCAUGGAGGACAUUUCAUCUGAGGAGGAGGAGGGACAGAUUAGAAAACCUAUCGCUUCUAGUGAAAUUAGGGAAAUGUUGAAACAGUGGGAAAACGUGCAAAAUUUUAUAGAAAAACAUCACCCAGAUAAGGCUUUGGUAGUGCGUGCAGCGAACCUAUUUACCGACAAUGCUGACCCAUUUCCAUAA